CGGAUGUCCAAGCUGCACAAUGGCGACUCUGACGACCAAUAACAAGAUCAAGGAUCUCUCCGCAGUCAAGAUUCAACUUGAGAAAGAGAUCUGUUCAUUGAUUUCAGACGUACAAGAGCUCAACUUGUCCGUCAUUGAAAGGGUAGAGCUCCCUACACCCCUGGAGUUCCAUCGCUACGUUGCUGCAAACCGCCCCGUCAUCAUCACUCUCCCUCCCUCCACAACCACUAUCUCUGAAUCUUCUCAACAUGUCGAACUUACAGAAGAAGGGAAACAAUGGCUUUGGCCAGCCUUCGCAAAAUGGACCAACGAGUACCUGUCCCACACCUUAGGAUCCAAGGAAAUUACUGUUGCCUGUACACCUAAUGGCUGGGCGGACGCUGUGGUGGAUGAUUUAUAUUUUGCAAUGCCCUGCGAGAAAAAAAUGUCUUUUGAGCAGUUCUUGGAUAGAAUGCCAGUUCGUACAAAAAAACCAAAGAACCCAAGCGAUUUAACUAGCCAAAUGACAGGGAGUAAAAGUAAUGACUUUGUAAAAGAUAACUCAUGCGGGGUCGUUGAUCCAUAUCAGGAAGUGCACUAUAUUCAAUUGCAGAAUGGCAAUCUGAUGGCGGAGUAUCAAGAGCUACUGGGAGAUAUUCCUAGUGACAUUCCAUUUGCAAGCGAAGCCCUUGGCAAGAAACCAGAUGCCGUCAACUUCUGGUAUGGAGAUGAACGAAGUAUUACCUCGCUUCAUAAAGACCAUUACGAAAAUAUCUAUGCUGUUAUCACCGGAAAAAAAGUCUUCACGCUAAUACCACCAUCAGAACAGUAUUGUCUACAUGAAAAACAUUAUGUUGCUGCGACAUAUACUGAUGUCAAGGAUUCAAAUAUGUCAGCGUCAUCCUCAGCCGUCCCUACAAACUCACCGCGGUAUAAACUGGAGCCUUUGGAGCCCUCAACUUACACGAAAUGGAUUGCUCUUAACCCAUCACACGAACCGAAAGAAGAGCUUUUUUCAAAAUACCCUCGUUUCCGCUUCUGCCAACCCUUCAAAGUAGAGAUUAAUCCAGGAGAACUGCUAUACUUGCCAGCAAUGUGGUACCAUCAGGUAGAACAAGAGUCCGAUCACGAAGGCAAAUGCAUCGCAGUAAACUGGUGGUACGAUAUGGGCUUUGAAGGGGACAGAUUCGCCACAGCAACUUUUAUCUCGAAACUUGUUCAACUAGUAGAUCAAAUAGAAGACAAAUUCUCAUAGGAAAAAAAU